GCAAAACGCAGCCAGGAGCAGCACCGACGUGCAGACAGCUAGGGCAGGUCAAAGGGGUGCCGCUGUGCAAAAGCUGACCAGUCACGCAAAUCUCUUUUCUCCUCCUUUUUUUUUCUGUACAUUUUUGGCCUCGUUCUGUUCGGAUUUGUGCAAAACAUGAGCAGCAGCAGCGAAGCCUGUCAGGCAGAUAUCCUGACAGCUGCAGCCUCAGAGACAUUUGACUCUCAGAGAGAAACAAACGACCAGGAAAAAGAGGAAAAACUGAUCCUCGCAGCGUGGCAUAGCAUGCAGCACAGCCUGCCUAAGAAGGACUCUGCAGCUCCAGGUCUUCCUCAGUCUUUCCUGGCCAUGCAGAGGCGCUCCACCCAGGCCAGGAGGGCCCGCUCAGGCCCAAUGGACCCCGGCAGGAGCCUCUUGAUGAGCAGAACAUCAGAACAGAGCGAACAUGGAGGGAGCCUCACUCUGACCUUGAGCCACCCGGCGUAAAAGAAGAACUGCAGCAGCGUGAAGAUGGGCACAUAGACGUCCAGG